AGCAUGUGGCGCCUCCGUAGUCUGCUGUGCAAACCCUUCAAUCGAGGUAAGGGUCUGAAUGUGCAGCCUACUCAUGCCUUGUGUACUACUGAAGGCUGUAUUGUAAUAGCAAGUUUUGUCUUAGACAGCUGGCAGCCGUCUGUUUCGAGGAGUUUUUCAACAUUUUUUUAUUUUUUAAAUUUCUCAUAUGUAUUUGGUGAGUGGAGCCAACGUAGUUCAGCGGAACAACCAACAUAACAGAGACCGAAGCUUUUGGUCUAGUUUUGUCUGUGCUAUAGUCUUUGCGUGGAAGAACACUUGUUGAUCUAAGACUACACAUGCAUAUGUGCAGCCGCUUAAUGCGGUUUUGUACAGCCCACCAACUCGAAACUGAGGCCUGCUACUGAACUUCGAUGAGAGCCUUUUGAGUUUAAGGAGCUUGCAGCCUAAAAAUCUAAAGCCGAACGUUAAGGGAUUUUAAAUUCAGCCAAAUCAUUGGAGUUCGAGUUAGUACCGUAUGAGAGGCACCCAUAGAAACAAGCCAAACUUCACCAUCGUUGACAGGAGGGCAAUCCUUGAAGUAUGUCAUCUAACUCAAGCUGUUGGGAAACUGAUUCAGAUUAAGCAGUGUAAGAGGCACCCAGAGAAACUAGCCAAACUCCACCAUCGUUGACAGGAGGACAAUCCUUAAUAUAUGUCAUCUAACUCAAGCUAUUGGGAAACUGAGUCAGAUCAAGCAGGUGACUUAUCUUCUUUGAUUUUAAAUGGAAGAGUACAUGUAGAUGAAGAAAUGUUGAAAGGUUAUGCAAAAGAUGGCCAAAUUGAUUCACCAGACAAAGAGGGUAAAACCCCACUGAUGAUAGCAUGCUUGCAUGGUCUUCCAGGAACUGUUCAGUCCUUAUUAGCAGAUGGGGCUGACCCUAACUCCAGGAAUGCCACUGACGGUAAUACCCUGCUCCAUUAUGCUUGUAUGGUAGUUGGAAAAACGGAAGGGGAUUCUUUGUCUGGAAAAUAUUAUCGUCCAUCAAACUGGAUGGCAGCUAAGCUUGCAAUUACCAAGCUGCUUGUUAAUCUUGGAGCAGAAAUUCUUCAGGAAAAUGAGGAUGGAUGGAUCCCUGCAUAUGUAGCUUCAUUGUACCGCCUGACGGACGUUGUUGACUUCCUCAUAUCGAUGGAUGAUGUAUGUUGGGAGGUCAAGAUAAGGGCAAAUGAAAUAAUGGGAGUUUCUCAUGUUGCUUUGGAUGAUCAAUACAACUUUCAGAAUGCAUUCUAUCCUUUUUCAAAAGCCAUAUCCUACCAGAAACAGUCUGGUCUCCCCGAACCACAAUCAGGAACCUCAAAACUUGCAGAAUGUGUUUCCAAAACCUCCCUGAAAGAAUGCCGAACACACCAAGAAAUCACAUCGAUCAAAGAGUCGAGAGUUGCUUUGAUGGUGCAUGCCUUUCUGCUUGGGGAGAGGCUUUUUCCCGAUCAGCUAAAGAAGAAGUAUCUCUACCCACUCAUGGCCAGAUUCGGAGUUGAGUUGAUGUUUGAUAAGCAAAUGUACAAGGAAGGCUUCCAAAUAUUGUCUUGUGCCCUUGUGUUGGAGCAGAGAGGUGAAUUGAGGUUAGGAACAUUAGCCUCACACCUGGCUCAAAAAAGUGGAUCAUUUCAAGGAGUAUUUACUAUUAGAUCUGGAAAACGAGUGCCAGUACAUGAAUUCUGUCAGGGUGCAAGGCAGCUGUUGCAUUCUUAUGCAUCCACUCUGCAUGAGGCUCCAAUAAACUCAAUACUACAGAAUAAGAAAACAAUCAUUGAAAGCUUCGGUGGAAUACUGUUCAACGAAACAUUCUAUUGCUCAAACAUUGAAAUCUUGAAGUCCAUAUUUCAGGCUGUAGAGAAGUCACUGAGGGUCAUCCAGGGUAGAGUUCUGAUGGAAGCUCCAGAGAAGUAUCAAGAGAUGCCUUCAGUAAUCUUCAAAAUGAUGGAACUCUUGGGUGAUGUCUUUGACAGAAAACCCAAUUCAAAUCUACUUAGAGUGAAGUUCGUAAUAUCAAAGAUCCUGUUCUAUGAUAAUGUUUCAUAUAAGGACAGACAUGGAUCCAACAUUCUCCACCUAUUAGCAUACUGUGGCGAUGCAAGUAGGUACAUCAAGUACCUUAGGGAUCUUGCCAGGAUCAUUGUACGUCAUGGAUGUCCAGUAGAUGUUCUGAAUGAUGAUGGUGAAACCCCUCGAAGCCUCUUGGAAAAUGACGUUUAUGGUGGCCGUGAUUUUCUAACAUUAUUGAGCCCGCCAACAACAGUAAUGCGCCUAGAGGAACUGGCCAUCAGAACAAUCUUACUGCACCAUAUCAAUUACAGGGACACACUUCCUCCAAGUUUGUGUGGGAUGAUAGAAGGCAGCACUGAGGAAUGCGAUUUAGAAAGAGUUGGUGACUACUGUGAGGAUGUCAGCGAGGAUGAUAGCGAGGAUUUUAGUGACAAUAGUGAGGACGAGGAUUACAGUGAGUGGACAAGUGAUUAGGUACCUUGUCAAAAGCCAGAGCUACUAGAGUCUUUCCUUCAGAAAUCCCACAAGCAGCUUUUCAUUUCAAAUCAUCACAGACAAAAUAAUGGUGAAAGCUGCUACUGCCUGGAGAACGGGAUUCUUGCUAAAAGACUCCGCUCAAACUUUUGACAAGAUACCUUAGAAUGAGAGGGCAAGUGGGAUGAAAGAAGAUGGGGAUUAGAGUAAACCCUAUCUAGACCUGGGGGGGGAUGGCCUCAGAGGCCAUCCUGCUCAAACUUUUGACAAGAUACCUUAGAAUGAGAGGGCAAGUGGGAUGAAAGAAGAUGGGGAUUAGAGUAAACCCUAUCUAGACCUGGGGGGGAUGGCCUCAGAGGCCAUCCUGCUCAAACUUUUGACAAGAUACCUUAGAAUGAGAGGGCAAGUGGGAUGAAAGAAGAUGGGGAUCAGAGUUAACCCUAUCUAGACCUGGUAGGUGAUGGCCUCAGAGGCCCCCUCAACUUUUUCGCGCGAUAUUUUCGGAAUGCGAUAAGCUCUCACUACGAUGUUUUGUGACUUUCCUUCAAUGUCUAGCAUCUUUUGAGACCUACCUUGCGACGCCCGGGUUUGCGCUUUCGAAAUUACACAUUUUGCAAGUUCAUGUCAGACCCCAAAUUGCUCAAAAACAUGAUUUUGUGUACUAAGUCAGUGGAAUGUAUGAUUAUUUUUACUUUUGCUGAUUUAAAAGGAUUUAUUUUUGCUAUUCAUGAUCGCAAGAGUCCCGACAAAGUUCAUUGAAAAAACAAUGAAAAAUAAAAGGUAAAAAAAACAAGAAAUACAUAUAAAGAAAUUACAAAUACCAUACAUAAGAUAUUGAUCAGAUAUUGCAAUUCUUUUCCCUGUACAUUUGCUAAAAACAUUUGAGAGUUUCUAAACUAAAAAUUAGGACAUUUGGAGCUUUAUUUACAGAGAUUAAGCAAAAGUAUGAUUUUGCACACUAAUUUUUGCAUAAAUAAGCGUAAUUAAUAGCAAUUUUCAUGAAAUAACUAACCAUAGCCUACUAUGUCUCAGGCAACGUGCGGUCGACAGCCAUAUGAUCUCCCAGAAUACCCCGGCCAAGAUACUGUAGGGUUAAAAGAAGAGUGAGGAUUUGAGUGAAAGGAGAACUGAGGUGAUUGAAGGCUAUGAUUAAAACAUGUCAAUGCCCUUGAAUGUUUUUUAUUUAUGUGUGUAUUUUUAGGGGAAUUUUGUUGUUUAUCUUAUUCUAUUGGUGAACAAUUUUGGUUUGGGAAAAAAUACUGUCAUAUUUUUUUUAUAUCCUACAUGUACAUGUAUUAUGAUUGGUUCAUAUCUACAUGUAGCUGUGAUAAUGAAAAGAAAAUGCCCAUGAAGAUAAUUUUGUAUGACGCGAUGGGAUUGUGCACAAUUCCAUCUUUGACGUUACAGAUAAUGCAAUCUCUCGGAUGCACCAGAUAGUGAGGUGUCUCUACCGGGCAAUUUCUGUGAAGGGACCGAGCAGGCAGUAAUCAGAUUACGCCGUGUGCGAUGACUUAUCAAAAGUAAAAUGCAACCAGGCUCUGCAAGCGCAGCGCUUGAUCAAGAUAUUGGUUCAGACUGAGGAUGAAGCAUUAGGAGUAGAUUAUCAAGAUCUAUUGUUCUAUCCCAUUAGAAGUAGGAUAUAAAACAAUAUACCAGGCAUUUCUUUCAAAAGUAUGAACGAAAUUAUUCACCCUCGUUUGCCACUUUCCUUCUUCAAAGUCUGGUAUAUCUGUAUGCUGUUUCAAGAUACAUGAAUGACAGUAAAAUGAUAGUAGGUUAGGAGUGAUUUUCCACAGAUUUAAUAAAUUUUACUGUACGACCACAAAUGAAACAAACCCACUUUACCUACAUUACUGAAUUAAGGAAGAAUUC